CCAUUUCUGAUGACGUCACUCAGUUACUCUUGUUUGAGUUUUCGCGCGCGCCACCGCUUCAACGACGGUGAACUAGUGUCGGUAGACGGUAACGAUGGAAGCCGGCGGCUCCCUCGUGAGUUCGAUGAUUGUGUAUGAGGAUGAGUCUGUGGAUAUUCGCUAUGAAAACGGGGCACAGUUACUGCUUUCGCCGUGUGCCACCGAGUUCAUGCUGGUGAGAGGUUCAGUCUCCUCUGAACAUCCGCUUCAAACUUCCGGGAGAGUUCGACAGAGAACGCGCUUCGCCACUAGCGCUUAUAAAGAGUUGAUAAUAGCUGCACUAGCAUUCAGGAAUAAGUAUGCCAGUCGACCAUAUUUGCCAGAGGGACUCACCACUCCUGAUAACAAACAGCUUUUGUUUAGCCAGAAUCUGGUAGUGCGAUGGCCAGGGUGGUCCUUCUGUGAGGCAGAGUUUUUACCUGGAGGGGAGACAAUUAUCAAAUCAGAGGACAAACACACUCUUCUGACGCUGUCACCCUCGGGUCAAGAGUUCUUUGUGGAGUAUCCAUGCAGGUUCAGCCAACAACAACAAGAAGAAGAUUUAAACAGAACCCCUGAAACCAUCCCAGAUGUUUAUCAGCAGCUGGGAAGCAGCUUGACACAUUCGACUGUGGAUUGCCUGCAUCGAACCACAGAUGACAUGCAAGAGGUUCAACGGGAGGGAGGGAAAAGGUCAUGUUCUCCUCAAAUGAUCAUUGAUUACACUAAGCCAGAAGAGAAGUACCAGUCCAUCACAGUCAUCCAGCAUCACUCCUGUCAUGCAGUCGCACCACAUUGGUGCUACCCUCUUUCCUUAGCGCGCCGUCACUGGACAACUCGUGUCUCCAACAAUGAUGAUGAUAGAGAAGAGCAAACCGAACAUUCAAAGGCUGACCAAAUUCUCAAUACACCAGACUCAGGUGUUGCAGCGAGGCAGUUUCUCCUCCCUGGAGCCCUGCCUCUCAUCUGCCCAUCUCCUCACUUCCACAGCUGGAAGUUUCGAGACCCGCUAUCAAACAAACAAGCAAAUCAGGACUUUCCAACAGAAAUGGUGAAAGUGAUGUGGCACCAAGGGGUGACGUACAGGAUACUGGAACAAGAGGUCCCAGUCAUUGAAGUUUCUCCCGGGGAUGGGUCUGUCAUCCGAUCUAAAGGGGUCCUCAACUUGUACUUUAUUCAUUAUAAGCCUGAGUUCACAUCAGUGGAGGCAAAAGUUAAAGAAAUAACAUACCACGUGGAUGGCCUUCCACCCGAUACACCUGGACAGUUGUACUCGAUUUGCUUUGUUGUUAGUUUUGCAAGCAGACUUCUCGUCAUAUACAAUGAGGUCAGAAAACGGAGGCUGCCUACACCCAGCUGCUUGCUACAGCAAAAUGUGGUCUUUAAACCAACAGUGGUUGAUGGAAACCUCUCCAAUUCACCUCUGGAACAGCAUGAGAAUGAUGGAGAGACAAUAGGAAGUGGCAGAAACCGGUUAGAUCUGGUUGCUGCGGAGCUUGCAAAGAUACAGCGGUUCAUCUUUCCUUUGGAAAAGAGUGACUUGUUGGGAAGGGAGAAAGGAUGUGCACAAAACUGUUUGGCUGAAACUGCUCAUGAGACAGUGAGUGAAACAAUCAUUGCAGAAGCUCUUCAGAGGACAUCCAAAGCCAUACAGGAUAUUGAUGCCUUCUUAACUGCAGCUAAGCAAACCUGAAGAUGUAUGGCACAGUUUGAUUGCUCGGGAUUAUUAUUAUUAUUUUUUUUGCAUGACUCAAAUAAAUAAAUUACUCACUCUA